AUGAUCAACGCUGACGGAGAUAACGUCGAUUUGUACAUCCCGAGAAAGUGCUCGUGGACGAACCGCUUGAUCACGUGCAAAGAUCACGCGGCGAUUCAAGUGAACGUCGGGCAUUUGGGUCCGGACGGGACGUACAAUGGCAACUAUUCGACUUUUGCCAUUUCGGGUUACGUGAGAAACAAGGGUGAAUCGGACUGCGCCAUGGACCACCUCUGGCAAAAGAAGAAGGGCAACAACUAA